UUUGAUGAUCCGAUAGCCUCGAGAAGCAUUCUUGAACGGUGACGACGGUCACUCUCGGUCGGAAACGGAAGCGCGACACGAGCGUCGAUCAUUAACCGAUGCGAGGAUCGAGUUUAUUGAAUUGUAAACGGAAGAAAACAAUCUCCGACGCGUAGUAACGCGAAUCGCGGGAAAACGUUGGUGCGACAUAAAAGACGCAAUCACCGGACACUCGAAGAUAAUCGAUCUCCAGAUCGAUCAUAGAAAAAAAAGUGCGAUCGUCGAUGUGUGCGAUAUGUGAAGAUACGUAAUCGUUGUAUCUGUUACCCGGAAAACAAUCCGUUUACCAAUUAAAAAAUCGAGUUAUCGUCGAAAUCCCAGAGAUAUCGUGACGAACUGAUGACAGUCUAUUAUCUAAACUAACAAUAAGUGCGCAUCCGCGACAUACGUUACGAUUCGGAUGGAAAAACGAGAGUAGCUUUCUCGUAAAGUUGAGUUUAUGUGAUUGUGACAAGCUCGAAGGGAGUAGAUAUUUCUCACAGAAAAGUUUCGACGAAAAUUGAAUUGUCAUUAACUUGUCGCGAGAUCUGAGAAAGAAUGUACGCUGUAACAAUAUCCUAUAAAAAAAGUAAAGUUGCAAGUGCGAGACGCACUUUAUAGCAAAGUACAUUCGAAAUUUUGGCCAACUAUAAAUUAGAUCUUACCAAGUAUAUCACGCUGAGUAUUAUAUAUUAAGUAUCGUCGAACUCGAGUAUCAACAAAAUUGCGGAGGACGAAGGUGCAAAUAAAUCGCGGCCCUCUUAAUAAGCGGAUAAUACUCGUUUGUGCAUCGUUUAAUGAGGUCACGCGGUCGAAGAUGCGGCCGACGGCGAAGACGGCACGAUUUCGGUGCCUACGGUGAGAGGAUGCGAGGUGCCCGAGUCCUCCCUUUGUUCGCUGUCGAAAAUUGAGCGACUAUCGACGAUGGAUCUCAGCACGACGCCCAGAAGAGCCACGGACGGUGUUGGUGACAUACAAAAGACUAGAGUGGCAAAAAGCGUCUUCAGCAUCCGCAGCCUCGUCAACGUCGAGGAAGCAGAAUUACCCGCGCAGGACAACGAGCGUUCGCCAAAUCAUUCGUUGCGAGGAGGCAGCGAGCAGGCUGUCCCACAGACGAGUCCUGCGAGCAGCACAAGCAGCUCAAGCCAGGUUACUCAGGUGAGCCAGCAACCUCACCCGCAGUCUCAUCAGCAAUCGCCGCCGUCAACGACGACGACGACGCCCCAAUCUAUCCAAAUGGGCAUCUCCACGGAGGAGGUGAGGCCCGAAGAGGAAGGCGCUCAUCCGCGAGCGGCGCCGACUAGCCCCGAAAGCGAAACGGAGGCCGACGAUUUCGCGCCCAAGAGAAAGCAGCGCCGUUACAGAACGACCUUUACCAGCUUUCAGCUGGAAGAGCUCGAAAAGGCCUUCUCCAGGACGCAUUACCCGGAUGUCUUUACGAGGGAGGAGCUCGCUAUGAAGAUCGGCCUGACGGAGGCACGGAUACAGGUCUGGUUCCAGAACCGACGGGCCAAGUGGCGUAAACAGGAGAAGGUCGGGCCCCAGGCGCAUCCCUACACGCCGUAUCCACCACCGUCGGCGGUCGUGGCGCCGACCUUGCCGAACCCCUUCGCCCACCUGGUCGCCUUUCCACACAGGAAGCCCUUCGACGCCUUUCGCUAUCCGCCGCUGGGUCACGGCCCGGUCCUCCCCGGUAGUUACGCCGCUCAUCCCUAUCAUCGGGCUCCGCCGCCGUUGCUACCGCCCGGUAUGCCCCUGCCGUACACGUCCGCCGCCUCGUUUCAGAGUUUACUGGCGAACAUAUCGGCGGCGCAGCGGCCGAAAUUGGUGCGCGGUUCGCCACCCCCGCCGCCGGCGCCCGCCCCCGCGAUUGUCUUAUCGCAUCCCUCGGUGGCACCACCCCCGCCGCCACCGACGGCCACCUCGCCGCAGAGCUCGCCCACGGGUAGCGUGGGUCUGCCGGAUAUCGACAGGAGGACUAACAGCAUCGCCUCCCUUAGACUGAGGGCCCGCGAGUACGAGCUACAGCUGGAGAUGUCGCGUAAGAACGGCGAUCUUAUAAGUUGAAACGCCGCGGACUACAUGCGGGAGUCAGCGAACGCGAGUCUGUCUUAAGUCGGUUAAGUUCUGGGCGGUCGCGGAUCGCGGCGGGACCGGACAGGUUUUAUACAAAGAAUGUCGGCAGGUUGAGUCAAGAGGAUGAACUCGAUAUACUGAUGGGAUUUUCUUAUCGACAUUCAAAUCAGAAUUUGCCCAACGUGACGCGGGGUCCGGACAAAAUAUCAAAAUAAACAUUUUCAGCCGAUUGUCAUACAAAAAUAAACACAAGUGCGAUAUUUAAUUAUAUACGACAAUUUUAAAUCAUGUAUGUACAUAUAUAUAUAUAUAUAUAAUGUCACGUUGACCAGAUUUUGAUUCGAAUGCUUUUUCGGUCGAUCUGUUCGCGAUCGAUUAUCGCGAUGAGCUUAGCAUAUGCGAUCAUGAUUUCGUGACAAAUGAAGACUAUAAUCAUAUUGAUAAGCAGUGAACUGUAUAUAGCAAAUGUUAAGCACGUUUGUCGAUGGAGACAAUUUUUUAGUAUCGAAGAAAUUAUAUGGAUGAAAAGCAUGUGAUAAUUUUCGUUAUUCCGACAGAGAAUUUUGUUGUUAAAACUAUAAUAUGAUUUUAAUGUUUUUUUUUUUUUUUCAAUUUUGUACUGCGAUGAAAUUUCGCGAGAAAAUUGACAGUGAGAAUAAAAGUUAAAAUUAACAUAAUUGAAAUUCUCAAGCGUGCAGCAUCUAUCUCUUAAUGUAAUAGAAAUCAAAAUUAAUAUCUUUCUAUCGAUCAAAAUCAAACGAUCAUCCCUUUCUUAUUAUUCAAAGUACAUCGAUUUCUAAUUGAUUUUUUCAAUUUCAUGCAGGUCAUGUCGAUCGAUUACAAAAUAAUGAAGACAAAAUUUAUAAAAAGACAGACAAAAAUAAUUGUAACUAUCUCUUCUUUCAAACUGAUAUUCGAUGUUCGAGAGUUAUUGUUUACUUAGAAAAAAUUUACCGUGAUGCAAAUCCAUCAAUUUUUUUUUAUUCGUCAUAGAAAAAAUUUAUCGUGAUGCAAUUCCGUCAAUUUCUUUUUGUUCAUCAUUCACGACAUCAACUAACGCGAAACCGGUGGUAGCAGGGAACACGUGCAGCACGAAUAAAAGGAAGGAGGAGUAAAAUUACCGUUACUCUCAUGAGUUAUACACACCGUACUGUAUAUAGUUUACAAUAUUCCGUAUGCGUGAGGGAAUUAAUAGAACUGUGCAAAUCGGGGGCCUCGCACGCGCGUAUAUCGCUGAAUCUGUUUCACACGCAUCGAAAGGUAAGUUUUCUAAUUAGUUCAUGUAAUCGGUAAUCACGUCAGCUUCUAUUAAGGCUAGUUUUAUAUAUGUAUAUGAAUUUAUAUCAAGGCGUUAAAUGUUUGGCGUGGAAAAGAAUUUCCACGAAAUUAUUCGACAAGUUUGUUGCAGGACAUGUGAAAUAUUAGCCUAACGCAAUGCUGAUCGUUAAAUGUAUGUGAAACAGAUUUUAUUCCUAGCAGGAUCAAGUUCCGAGCUGUAAGAUGACGGAAUCAUGAUCAAUUACUAUCUUAUCGAAAGAUGAACGUAAUCAAUGAAUAUAUAUACAUAUAAUUUGCACGCAUUGAAAAAUAUAUCAUCUCGUACACUCUACUUUACACUUAAAAUAGAUAAAAGAUAUUAUCUGUGCAUAUAUUUUCAAGACUUUAUAUCCACUCACGAAGUUUGUAAAAAAAAUAUAUAAAAUUUAUGAAAAUUUAAAUUGGAAGUAUAAAGAAUAAUUAAAUAUUUAGAGAUAAUUAAAAAUUUUGCAGCUGCUUCUUGAAUCUGCUAGGACUAAUUAAGCCAUGUGAAUUGUCAUUUUCUUCUUAUUAAAAAAUGACAGCGGCUCUCGUGAUUCCAAAGUGAUCCUUACCUACACCGAUCAUCGAAAAAUAUCCGUCCACUUGGAGAUUAUUCGACAUCAUGAUGGAAAAGUUAAGAAUUUAGAGACUAUCGAUUAGAAGCAAGAAAGAGGCGUCUUUCGUGAAACGGGAAAUAUUCGGAUAGAUAUACGGUCUUUUCCAUCGCGAUCGAAAUGGUCUCACAUAUCGCUGCUGACUGCGUUUGAUCGGAGAUCGCGUAAAACGCGAAACCGUGUAGUUUUAUUUACUUUUACACGACACAUUAUACAUAUUUAGAUAACGAGAGAAAAGAGAGAGAUACUAUUUAUAUAUAAAUCUAUAUAUAUAUAUACAUACUUUAUAUAUUUACAAUUGAGAUAUUCUACGCUAUUGCUAUAGAUUUUACAACUGCAUAAGCAUACUUAGCGCAUAAGACGACCUGUAAAUAAUUGUAAACGAUCUGCGUGUCAUUUUUAACAAGGACUUGGAAUUACCUGUCCCGUUUGCAUAAUGUACAACAAACGACACGUAUGCGUAGCCAUAUUGACAGCCCGGCUACUUCUCGACGGCGUUAUCGCUUUCAAUUCGUUGUGAGAGAUUCUCGACAUACCAUUGAUCUCGUUCAAUUUAAGCGACAACCGUAACAAUCGUCGACUAUGACAAUAUGUCGAGCGUACAAAAGAUAUGUCGAGAGUGAUAAUUCGUCUUUUACGCGAAUUACAAUCGAGAUCGAGAUCGAGGUCGAGAUUGAAAAGACAACGUUAUCGAGCCCCACCUACUCUAUUUCUCAAACCGAAACAGCCGCGUGCAUUGUGUACUUAAUCUUAAUAUUACCUCCUUAUCUCUUCUAUGCAAUGAAUAAAUGACUACGA